AAACCAGCCGAAUAUUUAGAGAACUAUUCGAGGAAACAGCUGAAUGAUGAGUGCUGCUCAGAGUCAAACAACCCUGGAGUCCCAACUGGAGGCCCUGCAGUGCCACUUCACCUGGGAUCUGGAGACCAGCAAGUCCAUACUGUUACAUCUAAGAGACCACCUGGAGGACAUCGGCACCGAGGAGGGGAACAGCUGGCUGGGUCACAUUUACAACCUGCGGGGGUUCGUUCAGUACAAGCUGGGGUUCACCGAAGACGCCCAGAGUUUCUUCAACAAGGCUGCAGAGGCCUUCAGCAAGAUAAGAAACGCAGAUGAGGGUCCCUGGUUGGUGGUGAACUACGGGAACCUGGCGUGGCUGCACCACCACCUGGGAGACCAAGCAGAGAGUCAGGCUUACCUGUCAAAGGUCAACACCCUGAUGAAUAAAUACCCAUCUCCAUCCCAGGAUGAGCUCCAUCCAGAGAUCUACGCUGAGAAAGGCUGGACCCUGAUGAAGUUCAGCGGAGAACAAAAGAAAGAGGCUGCAGAUUACUUCCAGAGAGCCAUCAGGAUGCAGCCGGACAUGGUGGAGUGGAACACCAGCUACGUCUUAGGGUUAGUGUAUACUUCUGAUCACAGAGACACAGGGCUGCAGGCUGACCUUCUGGAGAAAAUGAGAGUGGCCAAGGAACAGGAUCCAGAGAACUUGUUCCUCGCUGCCCUCUACUACUUAAAUCUACGUGCUGACCACGGAGAAGAAAUCAAAGAUGAAGUGCGUGAGUUAGCCAGAAAGGUGUUGAGAAAUCCUGUCAGCAGCUACAGUGGUAUGAGACCAUUACUAAAUGUUUACCGUGAUUAUCUAUCUAUUGAUGAAGCCAUUGAUUUGGCAGAGCAGGCUCUGAAAACCCAUCCAGAUGAGCGAUAUCUGAAGAGAUGCGCUGCCCUCUGCUAUAAAUGGAAAAUCAUUAAUGUCAGGGACAGUCGCCCAGAGCAAAGCGAGAUAGACAGAGCAAUCAGUCUCCAUGAAGAGGUGAUUGCUCUUUACCCUCAUCCUUCACUUGCGAAGGAAAUAGACCUUGCAAAUAUAUAUGCAAACUCAAAAAAAAGCAAGGCUAAAGCUGAGCAGAUAUACCGGAAACUGCUAGAAAGAGAUCUGGAACCUGCAGACAAACAAAAGCUCUACAGCAGUUAUGCAACACAUUUAUACCGCCAUUAUAAGGAGUACCAAAAGUCAAUACAAUAUCAUAAGAAGGCGGCAGCGAUACCGCAGCAAUCCUCCUAUCGAGUGAACAGCAUCAACACUCUGAAGAAUAUUAGAGACAGAGGCAAGAGUAGUAAUGUGAGUAGAGAAAUAGAGAAGUUUCUGGCAAACCUGCAAAAGCCAAAGUGUUUUAAAAAGCAGAGGUUCUAAAUCCAGAAAUUGAUUACACAUCAGGAAAACCUGUUUCCUUCUGUUGGUCGGCUGGUCCAGAAGCAGCAAAACCUUAUUCAGAACAUGUAAGAUCAAAUCGUUGUUGGUUUUGGUCUUUUCAUCGUUAUCACAAAGAAAACAUAGAAAAUAUAGAAUAUUUUGAACUGUAAUUUGAACUGUCGGCUGUUAAAUACUAAAAAGCUUUACAUUUAUUCUGGAAAACUGUCAGCAAUAGUACACUAGAUAUAUGAAACAAACUGAAUCAUUUAAUAACACUGGUCCUUUAGAUAACAUCCACUGUUUAUAUUAAAUCUGUCCUGACCUUCUCCCUUCUCUAGCUAUGUUUCUAUCCACACGUUUUUA